AAACAAGGUGCUAAAUAUGGGAAUUAUUAUAUCAGCAAGUGGGCAAGUUCAAACCUUUGACCAGUCAUCUUAUCUUGUAAGAAAAUGGCAACCAAGCUGUUCAAAUACAAGCUAUGGAUCACUCCCACCACACCUGAUCAUUCAAAUCAAACCAGUUACUCAAAUUCAACACAACCCACUUCAUAAAAAUCAUUUCUUUCUUAUGAAUCUCUCUUCAAUUUACAUUUUACCGCUCCUUUUCCUUAUCACCCAUGGAAAAAGCUUCAAUCUUUGCCAAGAAACAAGAUGCAGAAGCAAUGGCCCUCCGAUUCGAUUUCCUUUCAGAAUCAAGAACAAACAACCAGACCUCUGUGGCUAUCCCGGGUUCGAUCUAUCUUGCACAGAAUCAAAACAUACAUUACUUGAGCUGCCAAAUUCAGUCAAGCUCUACAUUGACAGAAUUGACUAUGUUUCUCAGGUUCUUUACACUUAUGAUCCCAACAAUUGUCUUCCAAAACAAAUCUUGAACUUCAAGUUAUCUAAUACUCCUUACAAAUACGGAUAUUUUAUUCAGUCUGAUUACUAUUUGUUUAAUUGUUCGUCUUUAGAUAGAAAUGAAUACGUGCGUAUGCCUUGUCUUAGUGUUCCUGGUUAUGAUGUUUAUGCAUUUAUUGCUGAGACUAAUGUUAUGUUUACUGAUCUUGCGUUUUGUACCAAGAUGUAUAAUGUUUCUUCGGUUCCUUUGGAGUUUGUGAGCAGUGAUAAUGUUCUUCAGUUGAAUUGGACUAGACCAGGUUGUGGGAUUUGUGAAGGACAGGGUAUGAAUUGUAAGUUUAGGGAGAAUAGUACUAGAUUUGAGACUGAGUGUGUUGAGAAACCGAAAGGACCUAGUCGCGUCGGAUUCAAGUUGAUGAUUUCAGGUAUUGUUAUAGGUUCCGUUCUUCUUGUGGUAGCUGCGGUUGUAGUUUUUCGUAUCUACAGCUCAGAUAGAGCAGAAAAAGAAAAUCAAAAAAGGAUUGAAAAGUUUCUUGGGGAUUACAAAGCUAUGAAGCCAGCUAGAUAUUUGUAUUCUGAUAUCAAAAGGAUUACCAAUAACUUUAAGGACAAGUUAGGUCAAGGAGCAUACGGAUCAGUGUUUAAAGGAAGCCUUUCUAGUGAUAUCUUUGUGGCUGUUAAAGUUCUCAACAGUUCAACAGGAAAUGGAGAAGAGUUCAUUAAUGAAGUAGGAACAAUGGGCAGAAUUCACCAUGUCAACGUGGUUCGCUUGGUCGGGUUUUGUGCUGAUGGAUUUCGAAGAGCUUUAGUUUACGAAUAUUUACCAAAUGAAUCGCUUCAGAAAUCCAUAUUCUCAAAUGAUGACAAGGAUAUUCCUCUUGGUUGGGAGAAGCUUCAAGAUAUCGCUCUUGGUGUAGCCAAAGGAAUCGAAUAUCUUCACCAAGGAUGCGAUCAACGUAUACUCCACUUCGACAUCAAGCCUCACAAUAUAUUGUUGGAUGAAAAUUUCAACCCGAAAAUUUCUGAUUUUGGUCUGGCCAAGUUGUGCGCCAAGGAUCAGAGUGCGAUUUCCAUGACCACUGCUCGUGGCACGAUGGGCUACAUAGCUCCUGAAGUGUUCUCUAGAAACUUUGGGAAUGUGUCUUAUAAAUCAGAUGUUUAUAGUUUCGGAAUGGUGUUGCUCGACAUGGUCAGCGGAAGGAAGAAUGUAGAUGUUGAUGACACUAAAGUCUACUUUCCAGAGUGGGUAUAUAAUCGUUUGGAUAAAGGAGAAGAGUUAAGGAUCAGGAUCAAAGAAGAAGUAGAUGAAAAGAUUGCAAAGAAGCUCAUAUUUGUGGGACUCUGGUGCAUACAAUGGCACCCCAUGGAUCGUCCUUCAAUGAAGGCUGUAGUUCAAAUGCUGGAAGGAGAAGAUAAUAAACUAAUAACAAUGCCUCCUAAUCCAUUUGGCUCUGCAGAUGCUUCAUUUGUUUCUGCAGGAAUGGGUGUAAAUAUGGCAAGGAGGCAUCUACACCAAGACUUGGCAGUGAUAUCUGAAACUGAAACCGAGUGAUACCAAAUGAGAGAAGAGUCGUUCCGAUCCACAACUUGUAUAGCAGAAUGUAAUAUAUCAAAUUUAAUUAAUUAAGGCCGAGUAGAUUGAUGACCGGAUUUUAUAUACACUUUUUAUGAGUUAAGUGCGAUUUAAUCGUGGUAUUUUUGAGAGGUUA